CCGAGCCGGGGCAGGGCCUGAGCUGUCGGCCGGAGCGGGCUGGCCGGGGAUGGCGGUGGCCAUGGCGCGGGUCCCGGCGGCGCCCCGAGCGAGGUCCUGAGCUGGUGUCAGGCAGGUGACACUGUCUUCCUGCAGCCCCCAAGCAUGUGGGCAGGCCUGGGCCCCGCCGUCACAUUGACCCUGGUGUUGGCGGUGGCGUGGGCCUCAGAGCUCAAGCCCACAGCACCACCCAUUUUCACAGGCCGGCCCUUUGUGGUAGCAUGGGACGUGCCCACACAGGACUGCGGCCCACGCCUCAAGGUGCCACUAGACCAAAAGGACCUGAAAGCCUUUGAUGUACAGGCCUCACCUAAUGAGGGUUUUGUGAACCAGAAUAUAACCAUCUUCUAUCACGACAGGCUGGGCCUAUAUCCACGCUUUGACUCGGCCGGGAGGUCUGUGCAUGGUGGUGUGCCGCAGAAUGGCAGCCACUGGGCACACCUGAAGAUGCUGCAGGAACACGUGGAGCACUACAUUCGUACCCAGGAGCCUGCAGGGCUGGCAGUCAUCGACUGGGAAGACUGGCGGCCUGUGUGGGUGCGCAACUGGCAGGACAAAGAUGUGUACCGCCGGUCAUCACGCCAGCUGGUGGCCAGUCGCCACCCUGACUGGCCGACAGACCGCAUAGUCAAGCAGGCGCAGUAUGAGUUUGAGUUCGCUGCCCGGCAGUUCAUGCUGGAGACGCUGCGCUUUGUCAAAGCAGUGCGGCCUCGGCACCUCUGGGGCUUCUACCUCUUCCCGGACUGUUACAACCAUGAUUAUGUGCAGAACUGGGAGAGCUACACAGGCCGCUGCCCUGAUGUUGAGGUCUCCCGAAACGACCAGCUGGCCUGGCUGUGGGCCGAGAGCACGGCCCUCUUCCCCUCUGUCUACCUGGAUGAGACACUCGCUUCCUCUACCCAUGGCCGAAACUUCGUCAGCUUCCGUGUUCAGGAGGCUCUUCGUGUGGCCAACACCCACCACAAGAACCAUGCACUUCCAGUCUAUGUCUUCACAAGACCCACCUACAGCCGCAAGCUCACAGGGCUUAGUGAGAUGGAUCUCAUCUCCACCAUUGGGGAGAGUGCAGCCCUGGGUGCAGCCGGUGUCAUUCUCUGGGGUGAUGCAGCGUAUACCACCAGCAAUGAGACCUGCCAGUACCUCAAGGAUUAUCUGAGUCGACUGCUGGCCCCCUAUGUUGUCAACGUGUCCUGGGCUGCCCAGUAUUGCAGCUGGACCCAGUGCCAUGGCCAUGGCCGCUGUGUGCGCCGAGACCCCAGCACCAACACCUUCCUGCACCUCAGUGCCAGCAGCUUCCGCCUAGUGCCUGGUCAAGAACCUGGCAAACCCCAACUACAUCCAGAGGGGGAGCUCAGCCGGGCAGACCGCAACUACCUGCAAACACACUUUCGCUGCCAGUGCUACUUAGGCUGGGGUGGCGAGCAGUGCCAAUGGGACCUCAGGAGAGCAGCUGGGGGUGCCAGUAGGGCCUGGCCCACGUCCCACCUCUUCGGCCUGCUCGCUCUGGCAGCCCUGGUCCUCACCUGAACUUUGUAGAGUCUCUCCUGGCUGCCAUGCAAGCUGGCCUCUGCUACAAGGGCUGUCAGGUGUUCGCAGCCUAUAUGGGCUGGACAAACUGGAGUUGGGAAGGGGUGGAGCCCCUGGGGUGCCCAGUGGGGUGUCCAUAUCAGCUCUCAUCCCCCUGUUCUAAGGGGGAAGGGCAGCCCCCUGGGAAGUCCCUUCUCUCCCUGGAGAGAGUAAGAGGGGCACAGCUGGAUCAGGGAGGAGCUGACCCUACUCCCCUGCCCUUGGAUAGUUUAUUAUUAUCAUCAUCAUCUUCUUGGAACUUCUUUUGUAAAUUAAAUA